GCCUACUAAACAUACUCUAUAUGAAUUAGUUUUUGAGCAGUAUUUAUUAUGCUAUUUUAAUAUAAUUGAGAAAUGGAAAAAGCAUAAUAUUAAUAUGGAGAAGAAUUUGUCUAAUCUAAUUAAAGAUAGUGAAAAUUCAAAAGACAUAAAUAAUAAUGAUUAUGAUGAUUUUAAUGAUACAAAUGAUUACAAAAAAUUGCUUCAACAGUAUAAUUAUAACUCUGGAUAUCUGAAGUAA